AUGGAGGUUCUGGAUUUAUCGGUGCUUUUGGCUAUUCUUGUGGCUCUUGUUGCAUACGUCUCCAAGGGCAAGUUAUGGGCGGCGGAAGGCAAUGAUGGCUCUGCAUCGUCCUACAGGGCUUCCGGCUUCGAAACCAACGACUUAGUGGAGACUAUGAAGAAGACGGGUAAAAAGGCAAUCGUGUUCUAUGGAUCCCAAACAGGUACUGCCGAAGAUUAUGCGUUGAAGUUUGCCAAGGAAUUCCAGUCGAAGUUUAAGAUCUCAACAAUGACUGCCGACUUGGCUGAUGUCUCAUUUGAGAACUUGCAAAAUAUCAGGGAUGAGAUCCCCGACUUCAAGUUGGCCGCAUUCUUCAUGGCCACAUAUGGUGAAGGUGAACCUACGGACAAUGCCGUCGAGUUCUUUGACUACCUUGACAAUGAGUGCGAAGAGUUGCCAGACUUGAAGUACGUCUGCUUUGGGUUGGGUAACAGCACAUAUGAAUUCUACAACGCCAUUGGGAAGAAAACUGUUGAAAAGUUGAACUCCAAAGGUGCAACCCUGAUUGGCCAGUUGGGAUUGGGUGAUGACGGUAAAGGUUCUAUGGAUGAAGAUUAUAUGGAAUGGAAGGACUCUUUGUUUGAUUUGAUAAAGGAUCAGUUGCACUUAGAAGAACAAGCCGUCGAAUAUGAACCUUCGAUCGCCGUUGUUGAGAAUGACGAGUUGACGACCUCGUCACCGUCAGUCUCUCUUGGUGAGCCAAACUCCCACUAUUUCAACCCAAAAACUGAAGACGAAGUGAAGUUAUUGGAAACGGGCCCUUUUGACCAUACCCAUCCUUACCUUGCGCCAAUUCAAAAUACCAGAGAGUUAUUCAACUCCGAAACGAGACAUUGUAUUCAUGCUGAAUUCGAUUUGUCGAAUACCAACUUGAAGUACUCCACGGGUGAUCACGUUGCAAUUUGGCCUUCAAACUCCAAUGAGAAAGUUGAGAAGUUUUUGGCUAUCUUGGGUUUGACUGGUAAAAAAGACAAAGUCAUUGACUUGAAAUCUCUUGACCCAACCACCCAUUUACCAUUCCCAACGCCAACCACUUACGAUACUGUUCUAAGACACUAUUUGGAGAUUUCUGGACCUGUGUCCAGACAAUUUGUAAAAUCAGUUUCACAAUUCUGCCCUGACAAGGAGACUGAGGAAAAAAUUCCAGCUCUUGCCAAUGACAAAGAAGUUUUUCACAAGAGUGUGACUGAAAAGUAUUUGAACAUUGCUGAUUGUUUAGAGCUACUCAGUUCAGGAGCCAUAUGGAAUACUAUUCCGUUUUCCUUCAUCAUCGAGUCUAUUGCCAAAUUGCAACCUCGUUACUACUCCAUCUCUUCUUCCUCGUCCAUGGAGAAGCAAACUAUUCAUGUCACUGCGGUUGUUGAACAAGAAAAGCCUAAAACCAGCGAUCACUACGUGACCGGUGUUGCAACUAACUUGUUGCUUGAUAUAAAAAAGCACCAAAAUAAAGAAACAACCAAAUUGAUUGAUAAUUUCGAUUUAGAAGGACCUAGAGGUAAAUUUCACUAUAAGUUACCAAUUCACAUCAGAAGAUCGACAUUCAAGCUACCAUCAAACCCUGCAACGCCUAUCAUUUUAGUUGGCCCUGGUACCGGUGCAGCCCCAUUCAGAGGAUUCCUUAGAGAGAAGAUCAAACAAGUGGAAAACGGUGCUAAUAUUGGUGAAAUACUUUUCUUCUUUGGAUGCAGAAAAUCUACAGAAGAUUUCAUUUAUAAAGAAGAAUGGGUCGAAUACGCCAAGAAGUUGGACAACAAGUUCAAGAUGAUCACCGCCUUUUCCAGAGAAACAGAAAAGAAAGUGUAUGUCCAAGACAAGCUUUUGGAGAAUGGAGCCAAGGUUAUUGAAUUGCUAGACAAAGGCGCAUUUUUCUAUGUUUGUGGUGAUGCUGCUAAUAUGGCCAGGGGUGUUCAACUAGCUCUUGUCAAGGCGUACCAGGAACAAAAGAAAGUGCCCGAGGAUAUCGCCACUACAAUGGGCAAACAGUUGAGAGUGAACAACAGAUACCAGGAAGAUGUAUGGUGA